AUGUGGCUUGAGCGGGUUAACUGUGGGAAAAGAAGACGGGCGGAUUUGACGUGGGUCUUGGAUCUCGGCAUACGUAGAUUUUACUUUUGCUUCUAUUCUUCUUCCUCUUCCAAACUAUCUCAUUCUUGCAAACUAUUCGAGAGAUCCUUGUCCUGCAAGCAUCUUGUAUUAAAUGUCGAUGUUGUCUACUGCCCCCAAUUUCUGAACCUACCGAAAACUCAAACAUUGCAGCACGCAAACAGUCACCUGCCACUUCCUCGUUUCCAAAAUCUCCCCAUCGAAGUGGAAAUGCUAGCGGCAUCAGUGAAUCAAUCUUUACGUCUCCUGUGUCGCACAUCCGCGGUUUCUUGCGUGACGGAAGAUUCAUCAAGGGCACCUGCUACUGUUUACGUCGAUGAGGCAUAG